CGCCAUUGCAUUGAAAAUGAAUCGCGAACUGAAACGAGCUGAGGGGAAUUCAGGGGAAUGGUAAUGGAAUUGCUCAAAUUGUCCAAGUUCAAGCUCCGACUUCAAGAUCUUGUCACUGAAGUUCGAGAACUAAGAGAAAGGGAACGCACAGCUACCGAACAACACCAACACGGAAUCGAGGUUUUCAUUUUGAUCCAAUUGGUAGUUUUUUGUCGAAUCUUGAUUUUCUGUCGACUUGAUUGUGACGUUAGCGAGCAAAAACAGAAGCAGAAACAGAGCGAGGAAGAGCAUAACAGAAAAAUACAGGACUUGGAAGCCGAGCUAGCUUCAGUCAAAGAAGAGCGUCAGAAGCUCGAAAGGAGGGUGAAUUACCUUCAGAACGACAAUGCUUUGCUUGAAAUCCGGCAAAAAGAGUUGAAGGAGACCAUACAAAGCCUACUUUUGUCCAGGGAAAAUUUCAUCCUUGCUUACGAGGAAACUACUUCCGAAAUGAGACGUUCAAUUGAAACCAAAGAUAGAAAGCUCAAUAUUCUUUCUGAGAAGGUAAACGCCCACCUAUUGUUAUUCGAUUCAAUAGAGAAGGAGGUGUCUUCUAUCAAGCAAAUUGUGGACAGCGUCCAGAGCCUUGUCACUGAAAAAGAGAAAAUGGUGGCUGACUUGAGAAACAAAAUGGAUCAGAUCUCUACAUUUGAAAAAGCAUUUUUCGAUAAUAUCACCGACUCAAGAAAUAAACUGCAUAAAAUUGAGGAUGAGUUAAGAAGAAAGGAUAAAUUCAUCUCAGAGCUAGAAGCAAAGCUGGAUGCACGAAAACUCAGCAACAAUAUCUCAGCUCAAAUUGAUGAUCUUCAGAAAACUUUAUCAGUAAAGGACGUGGCGAUACAGAACUUAAUUUCAGAUAAAGAGGCUUUACAGUAUGAAGUUGGAAGUUUAAGAUUCGUACUACAGAAGAUUAAAGACACUGUCAGAAAUAUGAAUAAAGAGGACAAAAGGUUAUUCUGUUCGAUUUUGCAACAUAACGAAGCAUCUGGAAUGGAUAUGCAGGUUGAAGAAAAUAGGACGGGUGAUGCAGCUCAAGAGCAAGAAGAGAAUGAUCGAGAACCGGCAGAAUCAUCCCCUUAAAUGCAGGAGCAGUAAUUCCAGCUGCUGUUACGGGAUCAAGUGAGGAAUAUAAUUGCCUGCUCUUUGUCCGAGAAUGCUUUUGAAUGACAGUAGAUAUUGAGGAAAAAGUUACAUUAUGACUCUCUGGCAGCAUGCCUGUGGAUCCUCUGUCGGCUUAGUCAGCUUUCCUCAGCGGCUCAAAGCUUACUGCACUGCUGCGCCUUCUGAUGAUCUAUGUAAAUUGCAGAAGCCAAGGUAUCAUUUUAUUCGCCUUUCGGCUUUCAUAGGCCGUACGGAUUGAUUAGUUGAAGCUUUCAUUUAAACUUUAUUUGAGCCCUGACUAGUCAUUCAAUUCAACACUUGAUAUAAGUAGAGUAUGGGAAAAAUACAGCUAGAUACCACAAAAGAGAUUUUAUUACUAAAAAGUUUUGAAAAUUCAUAAAAUACUCUUAAAUUUUAAAUUUUAUGCAUUUACAUGUUGGCAAAGCAACAUUCACAACUUACUAUUAUAAAUUUAUUUUUUUUUUAUAAGUUGUAAAUGCUUGUUGUCUAGUUGUAAUUGUAAAAAACCUUUGUCAAAGUGUAAAUGUGCAGAAUUUAUGAUUUGAGGGUAUUUUGUUAAUUUCAUAAGAUUUUUUGAUAAUAAAAUCUCUUUUGUGAAACCUAGUUGUAAAUUUCCCAAAAAAUAUUGCUGCGUGUUGGGUCCACAUCUUAUAGUCAUGUUCUUCCAUUUUAUGUUGUUAUAUCUGAUUGCACCAAAUGCAAAUUAUGCAAUCAAUUUUGUGAAGUUUGAAGGUUCGGGUUAUUUCCGUUUUCCAUUGAUGCCUGUCCCAUACCUUGGUUGAAUAGAUUUUUAUUUAGUCUAGUCUUCUAGAAGAGUUAUCCAGCAACUGAUCAAAGUAUUAUAGCUUUGGAUAAGAAAACCCAACAUGGAUCAUAUCGUGUGUGUCAGCAAAUUGGAGAUUAGGACCCAAUCAAUGUUCAAGCAUGAUGGGCCUUUGUGAUAAAUCAUUGGGCCGAACCUUCUACC